AUGGCUAUUCUCAGCACCCUUAUAUUUGGGGUGACGGUAUUAUCCUUUUUGGAUCCCAUCAACGCCCACAAGACCGUGCUUGGCAGGCCCAACCUUCAUUGGGGACCCAAGACACCAGGACAUCCAUUUCCUCACUCUCCGAAACGCCACAAGACCUGUUAUGUCCCUAGCUGCCGUGGUUCUGGCCGUCAUGGCAAGAAUGACGAUGCCCCUGAGAUUCUCAAAGCCUUCAAGAAGUGUAAUAAGGGUGGAGUCGUGAUACUGGAUGAAGAGUAUACUAUUGGUUCCCCACUUGAUCUUACGUUCUUAGAGGCUGUAGAUGUGGCUAUUACCGGCAGUAUCAAAUUCACCAAUGACAUUGACUAUUGGGUGAAGAACUCAUUCAAGUACGACUUCCAAAAUUCGUCCGCUUUUUGGCGCUUUGGAGGCAAAGAUGUCAACAUCUACGGUGGAGGACAAGGCUUAAUUGAUGGGAAUGGCCAAGCUUGGUACGAUGCCUUUGCAGUUGAGCCUACUCUUUUACGGCCAAUUUUGCUCGUCCUAGACGGACUUGAACGCGGGUCCGUCACGGGUCUUAAAAUGCGGAAUUCCCCUGAUUGGUUUAACCUCAUCGCUAACAGUAGUGAUAUCCUGGUCAGCAAUAUCGACAUUGCUGUGAAGAGUGAGAGCAAAAAUCCUGCCAAAAAUGGUGAUGGAUGGGACACGUUUAGAAGCGACUCCGUUGUCAUCCAAGAUUCACAUGUCAAUAACAGCGACGACUGCGUGUCUUUCAAGCCCAAUAGCACAAACAUCAUUGUGCAGGGCAUGCAAUGCAACGGCUCACAUGGAAUAUCUGUCGGCUCACUGGGCCAAUAUCCGGCGGAGUAUGACAUAGUUGAGAAUAUUUACGUCUACAACAUCUCGAUGUCAAAUGCGAGCGACGGUGCCCGGAUCAAAGUGUGGCCUGGUACUGACACUCCAUUCGAACCCGGCCUAUCAGGAGGUGGAGGAGCUGGAUACGUCAAGAACGUUACUUACGACACAUUCAACCAAACUAUCUGCGACAAGUAUCCCUCCAACAUGACCAUUAGCGAUGUCGUCUUCAAGAACAUGUGGGGGACGACGUCAACCAAAUACGACCCCAAGGUUGGGACCCUGACAUGCUCCUCUACUGAGAAAUGCAUAAACAUUGCCGCACAUAACAUUUCGGUGACUGAUCCAAGCGGCAAGACUCCCCAAUGGAUCUGCACCAACAUGGACGAGAGCCUCCUAGACAUCAACUGCGUAUCGGCGGAUUCUUAA